AUGCGAGCCAGCUUCAUAUGCAUAAUCCUCUACUCGAUAAGCCUCACGGGGCCCGCGUGCGUUGGUGGGAUUCAAAUUUUUGCAAGACAAAAUGUUGAUGCCCUAGAACCAACUAAAAUCACACCCACAGUGACAUUAUCGCCAACAGAUGCUGCAACAAACUCCUCCCCCGGUACUCAAUCGACGUCUAAACCAGAUCCAACCGCUACAAGCAAGAGCGGAAAUGAUACAACUUCUACCGAAAGUCCUCGUCCCACAGAUCUUUCCUUUCUUAACGGUGAAUCAUUCCAGUUCAAGAUUCAAAUAUUUUUUUCUGUGGGGUUUUCAUCCGCGCUCGCUGUUACAAUUCUCAUUAUUUAUCUCAUGAAUCCCCCGAUUAGCGAUGCCGUACAAGGAGCUUUUGUUGUUGCAGCUACAGCAACGGGUGCAGUAUUUGGGGGUAUAUCCUUGGCCUUCCAAGAUGUUUCAGAAGGAUUUGGGUGUUUGCUUGGCGGGUUCUCCCUGAGGUUGAAUGAGAAUGUAUUCCCAUCUAACAUAUCAACCUAUCCUAUCACUCGAGGAAUUCGAGCGGAGCUUUCAGGCAUUAUUGCAAUUUUUCUCAUGGGCCUUGUAUCUCAAGCCAAAGUAUGGAAAAUGAUAAAAGAUCGCCGGCAAAGAGAGACGUCGUUAGUGGACGAAGAACAAAAGAAACAUGACCAGGUUGAAGAAGAAAUAGCGAAGAAUUUGGAAGAGGAUACGAAUCGAGAAAGAGCUCAUUGGGAAUCUGUAUAUGGUGAUCAACAGCGACCACAGAAUGACUCUGGAAUUGAAAUUGGGAGAGAGGAGGGCCAUGAAAGGUUCUCAGGGACCUCAGUAAACAGAACAUCCGAGAACCGAAUUUACGAGAUGGAUGCGCUGCGAAUGCCAGGUGGCGAUGCCAGAAACUCUCACAAGUCGCGAGAAUCGGUUCAGCCAAUCACCGCAGCUGCAGCUGCAAUGCCGGCCCAAUCCGAUACACCCCCUUCCAAUAACCCCUCCUCCGGGGACGCACAAGACACGAAACCGAGCAUAGCCCCUGGGCAUCAGCCAGGGCUGCACGAAUUGCCUGGAGAUACUGAGAUGCCCGGUUCCGCCAACACCGCAAUUAAUUCGUCCAGGGCGAAUCCAUUUGAAGUUAGGAUGGAUGACGAAUGUAGCUCAGCUGCUGCAUCGUUGGCAGAGUCAGACUAUAUGGCAUGUGUGCGAAAUGACAGAGACCCUGCAUUCGGGCAACCGAUACAUGGGCGCAUUGUGGAGAGCAACUGUACAGAUGAUGGUGGCGAUGGAUUGACCUUCGUUAACGACACUCGAAGCAUUUCCUCUUCCGUUGAAGUGGAGGCCAAUGAAGAACACGAUUACAACAUGAGACCGGCCUCACAGAUGGAAAGCGGCACCCGAUGCAGCCCAUCCUCCAUAUAUUCUGGUUCUCAAGGAGCGGCUGGACCAACAGCUGUUACGGAACCCGACUCAUCUGCCGUAGGUAAAGCUAAUUGCAAUGGAGAAUCUGUGAAAGACCAUGACCCUACUCCUAUGAUCGAAACUAGAUGGGCAGAGUCCAAUGGUUCAGAGCAAACCCCAAUCUUACCUGACCGGAUUAACGGAUGUGAAACUGAAUAUGCUCUAGCAGACGAUCAUGCUUUCCCUGGGCCGGAAAUCUCCAGCAAGAAAACGCCAGAUCAAGAUGGUAAAUUGGCCGAACUGGCUGAGGCUGCCACUACUCAUUCUCCUGGUUUAGCCGACGCUACUGGCGGAUCCACUGCAUCUGACCAACAAAUAUCAGGUAAACACGAUAAGCCUAGUGAUGUUUCGGAAUCUCUUAGCUCGAGCAUUCCUGUCGCAAAUAGGUUAUCGAAAGUACAAUCUGUGCUUCUCCCUAGAGUGCAGUUGACAUCAGAGUCAGUGGACAACAUUCCCAGCCAUACAUCCAGAGUGGUGCUCUCCCAUAGGACAAACGAAUGGGCUAAACAUAUCUCAGAUGCUGGGCCUCCAGAAGUCAUGGAAAUGGAUGAUUUGCAACAAGAUAUAAAAACAGAAACAGAUGAACCUGUUGCUCCUGUUCUGGUAUCUGAGCUUCAACAAACCGCCGCAAGCACCUUGUCGUCUCGGGAGUUAGAUAUCGAUAAUUCGGCCGUUCCCAGGUCUCAACAUGGAGCAGAUCCUAGACUAAUACGGAGUUCUCUGAGAAAAUCGUAUAUCGGCGUACAGACGGCCAGCGAUACUCCAUCCUCGCCACCCGGUAGAUCUCCAAACUCUACGAAUAGUUCUCAGACCCCACCAAUAUAUCCGUUACACCGUUCAGGGUCCAACUCUACCCUCGGCGUAGCUGCCCAGGUGGAGACUAAUCGAGCAAGGCCUACUUCAUCCAUCUCAUCGACGUAUAAACCUGCUAGCGGUAUUCUGGAAUCGAAUGAAUCACACGACAGGGCUCCAUCAUUCAGAGGACAUCGCAUGUCUUCACCCCCGUUGCUUGCGCAGCGCGAAUCCGCAAUUCGCAACAGAUCUCUCCUUCUUCCUUCAAAUAUUUCAUCCGCCACAGUCAACCACUUUUCUAAAUCUCAAUCCCGACUUUCUCUCAACAUACCACAAACUCAACACCGAUCAGCGAGUCCAUACCCAACCAAGAACAACAUAUCGGUUGAAUCUACAGACGACAUUCCGCUCUCUGUCCGUCGCGAGUUAAUUCAACGAAGUAACAAUUUCCAAAACCAGUCGCAAACACAGCCCAGCCUUCACCGUCCCGCAUCCGUCUGUAGUUUCCCGUCUCUCGAUAACAUGUCUCUGGUGACUGCUCGGCGUCAAUAUGAAGACCAUUCGCAAGUGCAGGAUUCGCUACAGGUGCGCGAAGCCAAAUUUGCCCGAUGGCGUGAAUCUGUCAGAAAUGAGAAUAUAAUAAAACAUUUUCCAGACGCAGCUGUGGAGACGCGCUGGGCUGAUCUAGUAAAGGAGCAUCAGUGGAGUCAGUUAGGGAAGCAAAAGGAGGCUAUUAGAACCAGCUAUCGCAAUUCGGCGAUUGAGCAGGCGAUGAGGAAGGGAGAUAUGCUAUCCAUGCAUAACGAGGCACUGCGGAGGAUGCAAGCGUCGGCAAAUAAGCAUGCUUCAGGGACUCACUCGCCUGCUUCCUGA